GCCGAGCCAGGCGGAGUCCCCGAGUCGGCUCCCGCAGCUAUGGCCUGCUCCAUCGUCCAGUUCUGCCAUUUCCAGGACCUCCAGGCCGCCCGGGACUUCCUGUUCCCGCAGCUGCGCGAGGACAAGCGUCUCAUUCCGGCCCUGCUUCCUCUCCCUCGCUCAUCCAGACGUAGGGCACACCUGGCCGGCUGGCGGGAGAGGGCCUGGGUGGUGAGCACACUUCUCCCGCGCCGGGAAAAUGACCUGUUGAGAAGAGUACUGGAGAAGAAACUAGGUGGCGGUAAUGCCCCAGGAGCUGAGGAAGACAGCAUUGAUGCAGGUAAAUCAUCAAACUGGGAAGAUGAUGGUUGGGGAGCAUGGGAAGAUGCAGAACUGCCGGAACCUGAAGAAGAAGGGAGUACUUGCAAGACACGGAAAACUUCCUGGCUUCAAGAUUGCGUUUUAUCUUUGUCUCCAACCAGCGACCUUAUGGUCAUAGCUCGGGAACAGAAAGCUGUGUUUCUAGUGCCAAAAUGGAAACAUAGUGAUAAAGGAAAAGAAGAAAUGCAGUUUGCUGUGGCUUGGAGUGGUUCUUUAAGUGUCGAAGAAGGAGAAUAUGUGACUAGUGCUCUGUGCAUCCCACUAGCAAGCCAGAAAAGGAGUUCCACGGGGCGCCCUGACUGGACCUGCAUCGUGGUGGGUUUUACUUCAGGUUACGUUCGCUUCUACACUGAGACUGGCGUGCUCCUGCUCGCACAGCUGCUGAACGAGGACAUGGUGCUCCAGCUGAAAUGCAGGACCUACGAGAUCCCCCGGCACCCCGGCGUCACCGAGCAGAGUGAAGAACUGAGCAUCUUAUAUCCAGCUGCCAUUGUGACCAUUGACGGAUUUAGCCUUUUUCAGUCUCUUCGUGCCUGUAGAAACCAGGUAGCAAAAGCUGCAGCGUCGGGCAGCGACAACAUAGAGCCACCGCCCUUGGCUUAUAAGAAGUGGGGUCUGCAAGAUAUCGACACCAUCGUGGAUCACGCCAGCAUUGGUAUCAUGACCCUGUCCCCUUUCGAUCAGAUGAAGACUGCCUCCAACAUAGGCGGCUUCAAUGCAGCGAUCAAAAACAGCCCGCCUGCCAUGUCGCAGUACCUCACUGUGGGCGCCAACCCGUUCACUGGCUUCUUCUACGCCCUGGAGGGAAGCACACAGCCACUGUUAUCUCACGUUGCACUCGCAGUUGCAAGUAAACUCACUUCUGCUUUGUUUAAUGCUGCCAGUGGUUGGCUUGGUUGGAAAAGCAAGCACGAAGAAGAAGCUGUCCAGAGGCAAAAGCCAAAGGUGGAACCAGCUACCCCAUUAGCUGUAAGGUUUGGGCUUCCAGAUUCUAGACGCCAUGGUGAAAGCAUAUGUUUGUCCCCAUGUAACACGCUGGCAGCAGUGACAGAUGAUUUUGGCAGAGUUAUUUUAUUGGAUGUAGCUAGAGGAAUUGCAGUGCGCAUGUGGAAAGGGUACCGAGAUGCACAGGCUGGCUGGGUGCAGGUGGUGGAGGACCUGCAGGAGCGAGCGCCGGGCAGGGAGGACUCCUCCCCCUUCAGGAGCAGCCAGGGGCCCAGCCGGGUGGCCCAGUUCCUCGUGAUCUACGCACCUAGGAGGGGGAUUCUGGAAGUGUGGGCCAUGCGGCAGGGGCCUCGCGUCGGGGCCUUCAAUGUGGGGAAGCACUGCAGGCUGCUGUACCCUGGCUAUAAAAUAAUGGGCUUAAACAGUGUCACCAGCCAAAGCUGGCAGCCACAGACGUACCAGAUCUGCCUCGUGGACCCCAUGUCAGGGAGCGUGAAGACGGUGAACGUGCCCUUCCACUUGGCGCUGAGUGACAAGAAGAGCGAGCGCGCCAAGGACAUGCACCUCAUGAUGAAGCUGGCGGCACUGCUUCGAGCGAGGCCUGGCCCGGAUUCGAUUGAGACAGAAAUAAAGGAGAUAAUUCUAGAUAUUAAGUACCCUGCAACCAAGACCCAAGCGUUGGAAAGCAUCCUGGCGAGUGAGCGUUUACCGUUUUCCUGCCUUAGAAACGUCACACAGACUGUCAUGGAUGCACUAAGAAGCCAAGAGCGCGCGUCUGUGGACGAGGGGCUGCUGCACUUCUGUGCCGGCAGACUGAAGCUCCUGCGCUUGUACGAGUCCGUCGGCCAGCUCAACUCCCUCGGCCUGCGCUCCGCCGAGCCGUUCUCCGACGAAGCCUUGGCUGUGUUAUUAAGGCUUGAUGAAAAGGAGCUGCGUAAGCUGCAGGCCUUAUUGGAGAAGUACAAGCGAGAGAACUCCCGGCCUGCGGUGCGGUUCUCUGAGGACAGUGAGGGUGCGCUGCCCGUGAAGACGUUCCUGGAGUAUCUGGAGUGUGAGAAGGAUACGCUCAGCAUCAAGAGGAUAAGCGAAGAGGAGUAUGUGGCUCUAGGCAGUUUCUUCUUCUGGAAAUGUCUGCUCGGCGAAAGCUCCACCGAGGACGUGUGCCACACUCUGGAGGCUGCCGGCCUUAGCCCUCAGCUGCUGCUGUCUCUGCUCCUGGGCGUGUGGCUCUCAAAGGAGAAGGAGAUCUUGGAGAAGCCGCGGUCCGUCUGCGGCCUGCACACCAUGCUGUCCCUCCUGAGCAGGAUGAAAGUGGCCAUCGACGAGGCCUGGGACUCGCAGUCCGUGUCCCCGUGGUGGCAGCAGAUGCGCCUGGCCUGCGUUCAGUCUGAGAACAAUGGCGCGGCGCUGCUGUCCGCACACGUGGGCCACUCGGUCGCGGUGCAGAUGUCAAACCACAUGACGGAGCGAAAGGUGAGCGGCCGGGGUGCACGUGGGCCGUGUACUCGCGGGUCCCCCGGGCGGACGGUGCCCUCAGACCCCAGCCGCCCCAUCGCCCCGAACACGUUCACUCCUUCCCGUUCAGAACCCCGGGAAUCCCCUCCCGGCCGUUCUGAAGUGACGGCGGCCGGCCCUGGCCACCGCUGCAGAUCUCCUGGCCUUUCGCGUCUCCUCAGGCCCGAGCUGGAGCGGGGCACUGCAGUCCGCGGGGAACGCGCUCGGCCGCCACCGCCACCGGUCCCGAACGCUGCCUGCCUUGUCUCCGCCGCAGGUGGCAUUGCGGACAGCGUGGCCAAGUGGGUGUUUAAGCAGGACCUGAGCCCUGGCCUGCUCAACCUGGCUCAUCAGGACGGCGGUGGGGAAAACGCAGGCGAACCCAAAGAAGGCGCUGACAGAGCUUUCCCGCGGGAGGCGGAGGCGGAGGCGGACACAGGCGGCAUCCCAGAUGCGCUGCGCUUGGCCUGCGAGCAGUUUCCGUGCAGCCUGGAGCCGGACGUGCUGCACGCGCACUGCUGCUGGGAGUAUGUGGUCCAGUGGAACAGGGACCCCGAGGAAGCGCGUUUCCUGGCGAGGUCCCUCGAGCACUUGAGGCACAUCAUCAGCGCGCAUGUGCAGCACGGUGUGGCGCUCAUGAUGUGGACCACUUUCCUGGUGAAGAGGUUUUCUGCUGCCGCGUACCUGAUGGAUAAGGUUGGCAAGUCACCAAAGGACAGGCUGUGCCGGAGGGACGUGGGCAUGAGUGACGCGGCGCUGACCUCCUUCCUGGGCUGCUGCGUGGACCUCCUGCAGACCUUGAUGGAGGCCGACGUGGGCAGGGACGAGAUGCCGCCGCCCGUGCUCGACACCGAGGACGCGUGGCUGCCGGCGGAGGGGCCCGCGUCCAUAGCGGAGCUGGCGCUGGAGCAGAAGCCGGUGCACUACCUGCUGGUGCAGCACCACUCGGUGCUGGGCGCCGUGCUCUACGCUGUGGCUCACUUCGCUCUCAAGGCCGUCAAGCCGCUGUCCCUCUUCGACAGCAAGGGAAAAAAUGCCUUUUUCAAAGACUUAACCUCAAUCCAGUUAUUACCUAGUGGGGAGAUGGAUCCCAAUUUUAUUUCUGUUCGACAGCAGUUCCUGCUGAAAGUUGUCAGUGCCGCCGUCCAGGCGCAGCAUUCAGCCCCAAAGGACAGGAAGCCUUCGGCAGAGGCGGCUUCUGGGAAGGACCGGGACUGGCCGGCCCUGGCCGUGGACCUAGCCCAGCACCUGCAGGUCAGCGAGGAUGUGGUCAGAAGGCACUACGUGGGGGAGCUGUACAGCCACGGCGCCGACCACCUGGGAGAAGAGGCCAUCCUGCAGGUGCACGACAAAGAGGUCCUGGCCUCCCAGCUGCUGGUGCUGACCGGGCAGAGGCUGGCGCACGCACUGCUGCACACACAAAGCCGGGAGGGCAUGGAGCUGCUGGCGCGGCUGCCACCCACGCUGUGCACGUGGCUCAAGGCCAUGAGCCCCCAGGACCUGCAGGACACAGGUGUGCCGAUCGCCGUGACAGCCAGGCUGGUGCACAAGGUGGUGGAGCUCCUGCCCGAGCAGCACGGGCAGUACGGCCUGGCCCUGCACCUCCUUGAGGCCAUGGAAGCCCUGGCGCUGCCCCCGUCCUGACAGCACCCGGGCCCAGCGGCCCACAUGCGUGGGCAGUGCACAGCCAGUCACAGAGCAGCACCUAGGAUUUUAUGGAAUGUGCCCCUUUUUUGUAAGAUAAAAAUUUAAAAAGUGCAAUCCUGGCUCAACACCACAUCUACAGUUGAUGCUAAAGAUGAACUAAUACAGAUGUUUUACUGUUUAUUUUUAAUUCAAAGACAAGUAGCUUUCUUGUUCAACUUUGCUAUUUAAAACUGGCUCUGACUUACAGACUGCGUUUACUGUAAGAUUCUGUCUUACCCGGAUGUCACUGCUAUAACUGAAUCUAGGUGUGUGCGCCUGUCAGCCAGGUCAGGCUCCCGCUGACUUCCUGCAGAAGGCUGAGGACAGCUGUCACCCGCUUCACCGGCCCUGUCCUGGACAAGACAGGGCUUGCGUCAUCAAGGGAGCCAGCGGGAGCUGGGAUCCAUUUGCCAAAACUGUCUGUCUGCCGUGCAUCAACCAGCACAGUCAGUUCCGGUGUAAAUUUUGUUUCUGCCAAGUUGCAAAGUUGUAUCCACAUGGGCUAAUUGUAAAAAUGUAUUAUCUUGUAAAACUAUCAU